AAUGUCGCUUUUAGUACGGACGAAGGCUAUGUGGGAGCAGGUGGAGCCCGCAGAGGGCUCUCCCCGACCUGCACAUCGUACCGGCCACAUUUGCGUCUCAUAUGGUGAAAAAGUUAUAUUGUCAGUAUCAAAGUUCUGCCAAGCCAACUUCCAAAGCAAGCGCGCUUACACUUCGCUGCAACGUUAGGUUUGGUGGUACUGACUGCCAGUACCAUUACAACGAUACAUGGGUCUUUGACACCAAUACUCGCAUGUGGUCUGAGCUGACCUGCAUUGGCUUCAUUCCUUCUCCGAGAGAAGGUCAUGCUGCGGCGGUUGUGGACGACGUCGUCUACAUCUUCGGCGGCAGAGGCGUUGACGGCAAGGAUCUAGGCGACCUUGGAGCUUUUAAGCUAUCAAGUAAGUAGCAGAUCGUUUU